UAAGAGAAGAGGCGGCGUGGAAUUCUUUGCAUGAGGAAGUGUGUAUCCGGGACUGAGGGAAGAUGAUGGGCAAGAAAAUGGAAUGCUGAAUGUGAGACAUGAGCGAUUCAGUAAAAACAUAAUUUUGUGCAUUGCAGACAGACUUUUGGACAUCCUGGCUCCAAAACGGUGACGAAAGUCCCGAGCCCAGCUGUGGACAGCAGAUCGGGGACGGCCAGAGCGAGAUUUGGGAGAGCGGGUCCUGGUGGUCACCCAUCGCAGCGGGGUGGGGGGGGACGACCGAGCGCGGUGCAAUGUUCCAGGGGUGAGGCGAAGGCAGCGAGAGUCAGAGAGCCCGGAGAGGACGGAAGCAUGAAGCUGAAGCAGCGGGUGGUCGUGCUGUGCGCCGUGCUGCUCCUUCUGGGCCUGGCCAAGGUCUUCCUGCUGGACGGGGGCGAGGGCUCGGCCGCCAGCCGGCGCGACCUGCGCGCCUUCAGGAAGAUGGAGGCGGGGCUUCAGCUGGCCAAGGGGGCGCGGCUCACCCACACCCUCCAGUCGCCCUGGGAGGUGGCGGCGCAGUGGGUGGGGCCCAGGGAGGUGUACCCGGACGACACGCCCGAAAUGGCGGCGGUGCUCACGGCCCUGGCCACUGCCCGGGUGGAGAGGGCCGACGUGGGCUACAAGGGCACGCAGCUGAAGGCCCUCUUGGUGCUGGAUGGGGGGCAGAAGGUGGUCUUCAAGCCCAAACGGUAUAGUCGAGAUUAUGUGGUGGAGGGGGAGCCGUACGCAGGCUACGACAGACACAACGCUGAGGUGGCGGCCUUUCACCUGGACAGGAUCCUUGGUUUCAGAAGAGCUCCCCUGGUAGUCGGGAGGUUUGUGAAUCUGCGCACAGAGAUCAAACCAGUGGCCACAGACCAGUUGCUGAGCACCUUCCUUAUGCAAGGGAACAACACGUGUUUCUACGGGAAGUGCUACUACUGUCGCGAAAGUGAGCCAGCGUGUGCGGAAGGCGAGGUGAUGGAGGGCUCGGUCACCCUGUGGCUCCCGGACGUGUGGCCCCUGCAGAAGCACCGGCACCCGUGGGGACGCACCUACCGAGAGGGAAAACUGGCCAGGUGGGAGUAUGACGAGAGCUACUGUGAGGCGGUCAAGAAGAUGCCCCCGUACGAUGCCGGACCCAGGCUGCUGGACGUCAUCGACACCGCCAUCUUCGACUACCUUAUAGGGAAUGCCGAUCGCCACCACUACGAGAGUUUCCAGGACGACGGAGGCGCGAGCAUGCUCAUUCUUCUGGAUAAUGCCAAAAGUUUUGGGAAUGCAGCCCUUGAUGAGAGGAGUAUUCUGGCCCCUUUGUACCAGUGUUGCAUGAUACGCGUGUCCACGUGGAACCGGCUGAACCUGCUGAGGGGCGGGGCUUUGAGUUCGGCCAUGCGCCAGGCCACGGCCCACGACCCCGCCGCCCCCGUGCUGGCUGAGCCGCACCUGGCCGCCCUGGACCGACGGCUGGUGGGCGUCGUGGCGACCGUGAACCAGUGCAUAGAGACCCAGGGCCCGGACAGCACCCUAAUCGAGGACCGCAUGAACCUGCCGCACCCCUAGAGAAGGGGGGGCACUUACAGGAGGAAGGGGGAGGGGGGGGGGGGGGGGGGGGGCGGCUGGCUGUGGCGAGAGGGCGGGGUGGCUGCCUCGUGGAUCGCACUGACGAACUGACCAAUCCGGAGGAGUCCUCAUCCUGACCAGCGAAUCGGAACGCUUUUCGCAAGCUCUCGCCGAUUCUCCUCCCUGCUCCGCUACGCCAACACUACACAAACCUGACGUUGCCUGGGUGACUGCUGCCAGUGAACCUUUCAGUGUGAGUGGCAGGGCGUUUGGGGGGGAAAAAAAGUUCUCUCUGUAGGCAGAAGAGCAGAGGGGGACGAAUGCCAAAGCGUGAUUCGAGGUCUCAUCAGAAGAGGAUUGUGGGGCUGGUGGCGUUGUCAUCGAUGCAGGACACAGAGGGCCAGGGCGAUCCGAAGCCUCAGGUCUAAGAGCUCUUGCUCUCAGUGACGUGUGCUUGUGCAAGAAGGAACCCCCUGAAUCUCUGCACACAGAGUGUGAGAAGGCUGGGGAGGGGGAGGAGGAAUUUUCCCAUCUUGUGAAUGACAAAAGUGAGCAAAACUGCUUCUGGCGACAAACUGAACCUACGAACCAAACAUGUACAGAAAUAAUUGUGAAAUACUAUGAAUAAAUAAGGAAUUAUAA